AUGGCCGACGCACUGCUGCCGUCCCGCACGGCGGCCGGCCACCCGGAGAAGGCGCGACUCGUCUUCAACGCGCAGCUGCAUCAGCACCUCCGGAGCUUCACGCGGAACCGCGAGAGCGCGACGGCGUCGGGCGCGCCAACGAUCUCGAGCAACGGCAGUAUGCGACCCACGCAGUCGAUGGGGUUCAAUGGCGGCGGCCGCGCGACGGACCCCAACGGAUGGACCGCAGAGAAGAAGAUGCUGGCGCUCUUGGACCUGCUGGAGCUUUUGCGUCGGUCCUUCUUCUUCUACUUGGACUUUGGCACGGCAGCAGCAGCAGAAGCGUCGAACGGCGGCAGCGCCGGCACGCCGGGCGACCGCAAGCUCACGUACCACUCGUACUUUAACAAGAUGUUGCCCCUCCAUGUGGGUCAGACUGUGCUGCUCGACUUGUGGGAGCACUGUAUGAAGUCGGUGGAUACGGUGCCGACGCACAGUCACUACCGGUCGUUGUAUUUACAGGCAGCAGUGUACAUCUGUCGCCGUGUCGAGUUUAUUGAGGGAUACCCGCUGGACGGCCAACAGGUGCACCUGGAAUCGCUCGUGUCGAAACGGUACAUCGGCUUACUGGAACGAAGUGUGCGCUUCUGCUCGGCCAAGAUCCGCUCGGCUCGGCUCGUCGCGGGGGAGUAUCGCUUCUUUGCAGUGCAUAUCUACACAGCAGUGUACUUUCGCUUCCCGUUUGCUACGCCCAAGUUGCUCGAAGCUGUGCUGCAAAGCACUGAAAAACUGGAAGGGAUCGUGAACAAUGCGGAUGUUCGAGGUGCGAAAUGCGGGCCAAGCAGUGCGUCAAGCGGAAGUCCAGACGGGGCGAAGAGUGGUGCCCGUCCUGUCAAGACGAAGCGUCGGUACGGUGGAAGCGCUGUCGGUAACUUACGCAGUCCUCGGCAGUACCGCCGCCACUGGAAUGAUCUCUCGGAAUCCAAGUGUCGGUCGGACCGUAUCAGCGGUGUCGACUUGCAGCUUGAGCUAUUUUCUUCCUUUUCCGAAUACAAGUCGAAUCGGGGUACAGAUCGAUUGGUUGUGCCUACGAAAGGCUGGAGCACACCCGGCAUUCCACAGGAUCUAUUGCAAAAAGGUGGUAGCUACAAGUCUGUCGCUGCCACACUGGAAGCUGCGUUUCAGCUGGGCAUGAACCGAGUUGGCGAGGAGCAAGAAGUGACUUUCAUUUACCAGCUACCUUUGCUGUAUAUUGGCCACAAGCUGCAGAACGACGCGUUUGUAAAGAUGAAGGUAACAACACAAGACAAGAUCGAUGCAGGAUUGGAUCCGUUCAUUGAACGAAUGAAGUCACCGGGUAAGGAUGACCUCAUGGCCGUAUCGUUCGUGGCCGCUGUGCUGAGCGACGUGAGUAGUUGGUGCAAUCAUCGCUAUGCAGAUGGUCGGAUUUUGUGGCAUUGCGUGCCCGGCUACUUUGCCCUCAUUCGCCUGUAUGUGGCCGUUUUCCAGCGAAUGUGCCAAAGACGUGCGCGAUCAACUGCAAAUUCUUCGUCGAUGCCUUCUGUGCUUCGCAUUCUUUCGAUUAUUGAAGGCAAGACAAGUGAUCCAUGGGAAGACUAUUGGAAUGAGCGCGAGAUUGAGGCUGUGCUGGACGCCGCUAGUGAGGUACUGAAAAACGAAGCACUGGUGAAUGUGCUCAUGCAAAUAAUUCUGGAGGGUACGAAUAUCCUUGACCCUGCAAGCGUCAACUACUCGUUCGGCAUCUUGCAGCGGGUGCUUGAGAUAGCCUCGAUAGCCGCAUUACCUGCUGCAACAGAAGCUACAUUACACAGCGGGAAAUUCGGCGGCCGUGUCCGUCGCUGCCUCGGAUCAGCAUUUGACGGAGACUAUUUUCUGAAGUGCAUGCGUAGCGCCCUGCAGUCUUCACACGUGCAAACGGUACUGAAAGUGCUCACAUGCAUCUACAACUGCAUCGACUUGUUGCCGACUACUGUUCGCAAGCGGCUCGUUACGGAACUGAUCCUGCGGGACAACUUCUUUCACUUUUUCUUGCAUUGGAACGAAGAGAUCCGGAAGAUCUUCUGCUACAUGAUUGUGUUCAAGACGUCAACUUCGAAUCGGCUGGAUCUUCCCAGCGCAUCCGAUCGAGUUCUCCUCGCCCAGACCCCGUUUUUCGAGGUCGGUUCGACCUUUGGAUCCAGCGGCUCGAGCCUGUCGGCUGCAUCGCCUGCACUCAGUUACUUGAGUCACUUGAGCGAGUUGGCUCAGGCCAUGCUGCGGCCCACUGAGGACAGCGAGAUGGAUCCUGCGAAGAGAGUAGCGGUAGGCAAGAAGGCACUCCAGCGCCUCACAAACUGGGACGCAAGCGCGCGGCUGAAACGCACCCGCAGUGGUGGCGAUGCUGUUUUCCGGGACAGCCUUGUCGACGAGGAGCUAUCCGUGGACCUAUCGAUCGCCAGCAAACUUGAUGCGAACCUCAAAAUGAUCGCCGAGCAGAUGGAUCCGGGCAAGCACCGUGUUGCGUACUUUUCUCCGCAGUUGGAAGCUUAUGCCGAGCGUGCAUUGUCACAGUACGUGUUGGUGCUGUGGGAGUACUACGAAGCGGCCUUCGAGCAUCCAGCGAAGACGCCGCUUGCACCAUCACUGGAGUUCACGAUUGCUGUGCCAUUUUUCUCCGACUGA